GUCAAUACUUAAAAGACUGUUCCCCAACAGAGGCCAUGAACAUCCUGAUUGUAAUCGCCGUCCCCUGCCUUGUCAUGGCCACGCUCGCCCGCAGCGCACCUCUGCCGACGUGGAGCCCACUUGUUGAGGAGCCGCAGUUCCAGGAGCUGGUGCACCGGAGCCGCAGCCUGGCGCACAAGAUCCUGCUCUCCGUGCCCGACGCGCACUCAUCCUGCAUCCACACGGAGACUCUGCAACUAGACUCCGCGGAAAACGCAAAGCUUGAGAUAAUGGCAGCCAACAUUGGCAUCCCCCCGGCUCCAGUGCUCAGAGCCGUGUCAGAAAACUUCACUUUGAGAACCUGUUUGACCCACAUGUCUGAGGGUUUUCAGCUGCACCGGGCUUUACUGAAUGCUGUUUCUGAAAGGCUGCAGAACAAAAACAAAGUGACAGAGCUAAUGGCCGACAUCAGAGACCUCACCAUUCAGAUCAACAAGAUGCAGAAAAUGGUCCAGAAAGAAGCUGUGCUGCAGCCCUUGCCGACCCCGAUGGCUUUACGUCUACACGGGGAAUACGAGGUUCAGGUGGCGGCGCAUCUGACUCUGGUGCAGCUCCAGUCGUUUGGGCAGGAUGCCAUCCGCUGCCUCAGGAAACUGGACCAGAGCAACAAAGAGGAGAUGGAGAGCUGAAGCGGAUGAAGCAAUGGGUGUCGCCCUCUAAAUGCUUUUGGCUUUUGUUCCAAAAGUACCAUAUCCUGACAUUUUUUUGUUAUUGCAUUCUAUUUAUUUAUUUGCUAAAAUAUUAUUUAUUUUUUAAAUUCUAUUUCUAUCAAGCAAGAUGUGCAAAGGCUGUCACUCAAGCAAGAGAGGGGCAGUGGAUGAAAUUAGAGCAUAGGGAGAAGGAAGAUAAGCUAGCAGGAUUAGCUUUAUGCCUAGAGCGACCUAUGACAUCCUUCCCCUUGCGAAGAUCCAUCCUGCCCACUAUGGUCAGCUCCAGCUACCCUCAGGCACAUCCUCAAGUGUUGUAAAAUAAGUGUCUCCUGAGGUUGGUGUACGUGGAGACAAAACCAGCUACUCAGAUGCCUUGCAGCAACAAUUGAAACAAAGAGACUGCUACCAAUGCAUUGGCACCCAAAACAUCAAGCUCAGUUUAAAGGACAUUUGUCCAGAAGGCUGAACAGGGGACUCCUCCACUGACCAGGAGUGGUCUGCUGAAGCAUGCCCGAGACUGGGAGAGAUUGGUGGAAAACCUUGAGAUGGAUACACUGGAUCCAGUCCUCUGGAGCGAACGAGAAGAGAAGGCUGCAGAAUGAAGACAUGGCGUUUGAGGCAGAGCAACGUGGCUGGAAAGCAAUAGUUAAGUAACAUCCACCAUCAGGUUGCUCAAAGUUCUGGGGAUCACAUCAUCAUGCACAUCAUCGUCAUCUUGUAAUAUAUUCUAAAUUAUAUAUAUGUAUUUAUUUAUAAAUGUGGAAUAUUAAAUAUUUAUUUGGGGGAUUGAUUUUGAUAACAAAGCUUUGUAUUGAUCCAUUAUGUUUUUAUCCUGCCGAUUUCAACUAUUUAACGCAUGUUCGCACAAAAGCAUUGAAAACUAAAUCAUGAAAAAUCUCAGACAAAAUCAAACAAUAUAUAUAAUUAGUCUAAAUACUAUACUUCAAAUUUCUCUUCAUAACAGUUUAAUAUCAAUAAUAUGUAAGAAAACAGCAAGUGCAGACACAUGUAUGAAUUAUCAACUAUUAACACUCAUAUGAGGGAAUGUGGGCACAUUAUGGAACCGUUAUGUUGUUGGCAACAUUUUGAAAUGAAAAAUAUUGUAAAAACUGUA